UUGCGUGAUUCAACCAGCUUCACUCUGCACCCAACAGAUAUCUUCCUCUUUCAGACCUUUUAUCUCAGUUCUUCUGCUUAAUGGAGGGUUCAGCAGCUAAACGCAGACGCGUUUACUCUCUGGAGCCAAACAAAAUAGUGGAAGCUGUGUUCGCGAGGAAGUACCUGAGCUAUCUAGUUCCAGCCUUGACGAAGAUGAAGGAAAACACAGACUACAAUAAGGAAGAACACAGUGAUUCGUUGAAGAAGGGUGUGAAGUUCGAAGUGGACAUGGCAAUGGUGCUGUCAGCUCAGGGUUCUGCUUGGAGCAACGCCUUAAAACUCAGCCUCCUCCGAGAACAUAACCAAUACGUCAUCAAUGGAGGAGCACUGUCUUCUUCUUCUUCUUCAUCAUCUUCAUCAACCGCAAGGAAACUGAUGGCGAACUGCGAGUACGACCAGAAUCUGACGGCGGUGACGGCGGAGGAAAACGAGAAGGAGGUGAUGAGGAGGCUGAGAAGGUUGGUACCAGGAGGAGAAGAGAUAAGCAGUGACCAGGAAAUGCUUGCGGAGCUCAAAAGUUAUGUCAGGUGUCUGCAAAUGCAGGUCAAUAUUCUGCAAUGUCUGGCCCAGGCUCAUUCAUUUUAGUUUAAUUUCUGCUUUUUGCUCUAUUUUUACAAAAUCAUAUUUUCGUUUUAUCAGAUGAUUAAUUAUUACGCUAUAUGUUUGCCCACAACAGAGCCAUAUAUAAAGCUCUCCUUCAUCUUU